AUGGACGAGGGGCCCGUGGACCUGCGCACCCGGCCCAAGGCCGCCGCGCUCCCGGGCGCCGCGCUGCCGCUCCGUAAGCGCCCGCUGCGGCCGCCCUCCCCGGCGCCCGCCGCCCCGCGCUGCGCCCCGGCCGCCCCGGAGCCCCUGCCCGGCGGCGCCAGCGGGCCCGCCGCCCCGGCGUCCCGCCCCGGCCUGGCCCGGCCCGAGGCCCUUUACUACCAGGGACCUUUACUGCCUCUGUACCCCACCCCGACCAUGGGCUCCCCCUUUCCUCUGCUGAGCCUGCCUCCGCCCCUGUACCCCAUGAUGUGCUCAAUGGAACACCCCCUUUCAGCCGACAUCGCCAUGGCCACCCGCGCGGAUGAGGACGGAGACACGCCACUCCACAUCGCCGUGGUGCAGGGCAACCUGCCAGCUGUGCAUCGACUCGUCAGCCUCUUCCAGCACGGGGGCCGGGAGCUGGACAUCUACAACCACCUCAGGCAGACACCGCUGCACCUGGCUGUGAUCACCACUCUGCCGUCGGUGGUCCGGCUACUGGUGAUGGCCGGAGCCAGCCCCAUGGCCCUGGACCGCCAUGGCCAGACGGCAGCCCACCUGGCGUGUGAGCACCGCAGCCCCACUUGCCUGCGGGCCCUGCUGGAGAGCGCCGCCCCGGGCACCGUGGACCUGGAGGCCCGCAAUUACGACGGGCUCACUGCCCUGCACGUGGCCGUCAACACCGAGUGCCACGAAGCGGUGCUGCUCUUGCUGGAGCGUGGCGCGGACAUCGACGCGGUGGACAUUAAGAGCGGCCGCUCCCCGCUCAUCCACGCCGUGGAGAACAACAGCCUGAGCAUGGUGCAGCUGCUGCUGCAGCACGGCGCCAACGUGAACGCGCAGAUGUACUCGGGCAGCUCGGCGCUGCACUCGGCGUCGGGCCGCGGGCUCCUCCCGCUGGUGCGCACGCUGGUCCGCAGCGGCGCGGACAGCAGCCUCAAGAACUGCCACAACGACACGCCGCUCAUGGUGGCGCGCAGCCGCCGGGUCAUCGACAUCCUGAGGGGGAAGGCCACUCGACCUGCUCCCGAGUCACAGCCAGAGCCCUCCUCUGACCGGAGUGCCACCACCUCCCCGGAGAGCAGCAGCCGCCUCAGCUCCAACGGUCUUCUCUCGGCAUCACCAUCCUCCUCGCCUUCCCAGUCCCCUCCCAAGGAUUCCCUUGGAUUUCCCCUGGCUCCCCCCAGUUUCUUCCUCUCUCCCUCACCUCCACCUGCCUUCCUGCCCUUUGUCGGGGUCCUCCAGGCCCCCGGCCGGCCGGUGCCCCCCGCCCAAGCUCCCGGAGGCAGCUGA